ACACCACUCACACUUCAGAAAGGUACCAGAAUCAUAUCAUAUUCUUGACACGCGACAACGAACUAGAACCCUCUCGCGGCAACUAGACUCCUCCUAACUUGGGAAAUUCCCGCUGCAACGUCGGCAACACCAGCCGCCAUGGCACUGGGAUUCUCUCUCUCGCUUAGUCAGCAUCGCCGCCGUACUAUCCUGACUACUAAGGAUGGUCAUGAUCGGAGCACCUGCCUUCUCCUCAUCUCCCUCGUCCUGCUCUCGUCCCUCCACGCCGCCUUCGCAUUUCGCUUCCCCGCGGGACUCCGCGUGGAAAAGCUGCGCGGAAUGAUGGGCGGAAAUGCGCGAGGCGGACGAUCGAACGGCCAGCAGCAGGGCAGCGGAAUGGGCGGAAGCGCGAUGGGUGGCGGGGGAAUGGGUGGCGGCGGAAUGGGAGGCAGCGGAAUGGGAGGCGAAGCAGGCAUGAGUCCCGUGGGGGGCAUCGGCGGAGGCAUGGAUGGCGGUAUGGGCGGAGGCACGGAUGGUGGUAUGGGCGGAGGCAUCGAUGGUGGUAUGGGCGGAGGCACGGAUGGUGGUAUGGGCGGAGGCACGGAUGGUGGUAUGGGCGGAGGUACGGGUGGUGGUAUGGGCGGAGGCAUGGAUGGUGGUAUGGGUGGAGGCACGGAUGGUGGUAUGGGCGGAGGCAUCGAUGGUGGUAUGGGUGGAGGCACGGAUGGUGGUAUGGGUGGAGGCAUGGAUGGUGGUAUGGGUGGAGGCACGGAUGGUGGUAUGGGCGGAGGCAUGGGGCGUUGAAGGGACGAGGAGAAUACACAUGGCCACAGUAGCGUCCUCAUGUGCGUCAGAUUGUGGCGUGUAUCUAUUUCUGUCAGACCUGGUAGGAGCUUGGCUGCAGCAGCACCUCCAGCCGAGUGCUUGCUGAGUGCUGCUUCGUCCAACCUCCUCACCCAAUGUAGUCCUUUGGUGCCCUGCAGAGCAUAUAGGCAGAGUAUUUGUGCUUGAAUUCUUA